UCUUGGAGCAAGUCUUGGUCUCGUGCAUCGCAACAUUUUUCGCAUCAUCCCGGUGUUCUCCAAAGUUUAUCGAAUAAACAAAGUAGAAAUAAACGUUUCACAAUGGUAUCCCUGAACCCUGUGAGAAUUCUGAAGAACGAAGCUGAAGAGGAGAAGUCAGAAAUCGCUCGUCUGAGUCUUUUUGUAGGAGCCAUUGCUAUUGGGGACCUGGUGAAAUCCACACUGGGCCCCAAGGGUAUGGACAAGAUCCUCGUUGCUCACGGUCGUAACGCAGGACAGGUUCAAGUGACCAACGAUGGUGCCACCAUCCUCAAGAGUGUAGGUGUCGACAAUCCAGCAGCUAAGAUUCUAGUGGAUAUGUCCAAGGUCCAGGACGAUGAGGUAGGGGAUGGCACCACCUCGGUCACUGUCCUUGCUUCUGAAUUACUGAAGGAAGCAGAGCACCUGGUGGAGCAGAAAAUCCAUCCGCAGACGAUAAUCGGGGGCUGGCGCCGUGCAGCGAAUGUAGCACGUGAGGCUCUGCAGAAUGCAGCAUCAGAUCACUCAGCAGAUCCUAAACGUUUCCGCGAGGACCUCUUGAACAUUGCUAGGACGACUCUGAGCUCAAAAAUCCUCUCUCAGUACAAGGAGCAUUUCAGUGAGCUCGCAGUGGACGCAGUACUGCGUCUGAAGGGUUCUGGCAAUCUCUCAGCCAUCCAGAUAAUUAAAAUCCGAGGUGCCACACUUGGCAACUCAUUCCUGGACUUGGGCUUCCUGCUGGACAAGAAACCCGGCGUUCACCAACCCCAGAAGAUCACCGACGCGAAAAUUCUUAUCGCCAACACUCCCAUGGACACAGACAAAAUCAAAGUGUUCGGGUCUAGGGUCCGGGUGGACUCGAUGGCAAAAAUUGCCGAGCUCGAGAUCGCUGAGAAAGAGAAGAUGAAGGACAAGGUGGAAAAAAUUGUCAAGCAUGGCUGUAACGUCUUCAUCAACAGGCAGCUGAUCUACAAUUACCCUGAACAGCUGUUCGCUGAUGCUGGAAUCAUGGCCAUUGAGCACGCUGACUUCGACGGUAUCGAGAGACUUGCCCUUGUCACUGGAGGGGAAAUUGUCAGCACUUUUGAUCAACCUGAGCUCGUUAAACUUGGAAAGUGUGACUCCAUUGAACAAAUAAUGAUCGGUGAAGACACUCUACUGCGUUUUUCGGGAGUACCUCUAGGAGAGGCUUGCACAGUGGUGAUACGUGGAGCAACUCAGCAGAUUCUGGACGAGGCGGAGAGAUCUCUGCACGACGCCCUGUGCGUUCUUGCAGCCACUGUCCGAGAAUCCAGGAUAGUUUAUGGGGGUGGUUGCAGUGAGAUGAUAAUGGCGUGCGCUGUUAUGAAGGCAGCAGCGGCGACCCCAGGGAAAGAGGCUGUGGCCAUGGAGGCCUUCUCCAGGGCUCUGCAACAAUUGCCCACUAUAAUCGCGGACAAUGCUGGAUAUGACUCUGCACAGCUCAUCAGUGAACUCAGGGCUGCGCACAACUCAGGAGUCUGCACCGUUGGCCUCGAUAUGGAAAAUGGAAAAGUGGCGUGCAUGACGAAGUUAGGGAUUACAGAGUCCUGGGCAGUCAAGAGGCAGGUGCUCCUCAGCGCUGCUGAAGCUGCCGAGAUGAUCCUUCGGGUUGACAAUAUUCUGCGAUCAGCUCCACGAAAACGUGUCCAGGAUCGUGGACAUUGUUAAUUAUUCAUCGAUUUGGAAAUAAAACGUAUAUUCAUCGCAGUGGCGAAGAAAUCAAGAGUAACAAGUUCAUUUAAUUGAGAGAUUAGAAUAAGACCUACGAAAAGCUUGUUACUCUUUACGUCUUCGCUGCGGAUUUUUUUUCUCACUCAUUGUUAAGUUAAUAAAUUGCUUCGAGGGUCGAGUAUUUUUCCAUUAAUUCACUAAUACUAAAUGAGUAUAAGUACGAAUU